UAUGCUUGCCUAGCCUUCUCCAACAAUGCAGCUUAAUGUAAAAUUGAUCGUGCACACAGGGGGAUCUAGCUAGCUCGCUACGCGUACAUGGUUACAUUAAACACCGAGCAUGCCAUUUUGUUAUCAACUCGCAUAACGUGACAUAUAUUUUGAAGCCUUUCGAAGGUUUUAUUUGGAGACAUUUUGGAGCUUCAUACCGGUUUCAGGUCUUGUUAUUCAACGUUGGAGGAGAAUUUGGAGGCCUUUCAUUCUUUGACAAGACCCAACCGGGACCUAGAAAAUGGGCACAACCAGGGCAGUAGCAGCUGACCCAUGAUGCCACUCUGCAGGACUGUGACCAGCCAUGCUCUCCCUCCCCAGCGUUUCCCAAACGGGGCUCCUCUCCACCCGACAGUUUACUCACGUAGGUCAGAAAUACAACUACACCAUACAAGAGGAACGAUGGCAAGGACUUGUUUGAACUAUGGCACACCAGCAAGACAAAGGUGAAGUCCCCCUACAUCUGAUACCAAAAGGAAAACCACGAUCAAGUAGAUCCACUCAGAUUACAUUUUAUGAGGACAAAACAAGUUGAUUUAACAAUUCUGAUGGUUUUCAGACACACUGUUUCACCAUGUUGACGAGGUUGCACCAUGGCUGCUGAUCCCUGUAGACUAGUAGAGACUCCGGCGCGGCGCUGAGCUAAGCCCAGUGACCCUAACCCAUGAUGCAGCGUAACGGUGGCGGGGUGGGGCCCGGUGGCCAGCCGUGGCUGCUGCGGCGCGUGCGCCUCACCUGGCUCAGCUUCAUGCUCUUCUUCAUCCUGGUUUUCUUCCCACUCAUCGCCCACUACUACCUCACCACCAUCGACGAGGCGGGCGGCCCCGACAAGCGCAUCUUUGGCCCGCGGCCCGGCGGCGAACUAUGUGAGGCCAAGCACGUGCAAGACCUGUGCCGCAUCCGUGAGUCAGUCAGUGAGGAGCUGCUACAGCUGGAGGCAAAGCGGCAGGAGCUGAACGGGGAGAUCUCCCGGCUCAACCUGCGCAUUGAGGCGUGCAAGCGGAGCAUCGACAGUGCCAAGCAGGACCUGCUGCAGCUGAAGAAUGUCAUCAGCCAGACGGAGCACUCAUACAAAGAGCUGAUGGCCCAGAACCAGCCCAAGCUCUCGCUUCCCGUGAGGUUAUUACCUGACAAGGACGACCCGGGCCUGCCCCCGCCCAAGUCUGCCCGUGCCUGCCGCCUGCGCUCCUGCUUCGACUACGCCCGCUGCCCGUUGACCUCUGGCUUCCCUGUGUACGUGUAUGACACGGCCUCCUACCCCUGGGGCGAGUCCCUGGACCCAUUGGUCAAGCAGGCCUUCGCCACCUCGGUAAAGAGCAGUAUCUACGUGACGAACAACCCCAGCAUCGCCUGUCUGUAUGUGGUGCUGGUUGGGGAGCUGCAGGAGACUCCCUCCUCCCCCCUCCCGGCUCCCUUGGAGCUGGAGAAGCAGCUGAAGGCUCUGCCCUACUGGAGGUCCGAUGGACACAACCACCUCCUGGUCCAUCUUUCCAGGAAGUCCAUGACGCAGAACUUCCUGUACAAUGUGAGCACGGGCCGAGCAGCAGUGGCCCAGUCCACCUUCCUGGAGCAGCAGUACCGCGAGGGCUUUGACUUGGUGGUGUCCCCGCUGGUCCACGCCCUCUCUGAGCCCAACUUCCUGGAGGUGCCACCCCAGGUGCCCGUCAAGAGGAAGUACCUGUUCACCUUCCAGGGCGAGAAGGUGGAGUCGCUGCGAAGUAGCCUGCAGGAGGGACCGCACCAGUCCUUUGAGGAGGAGAUGGAGGGAGAUGCGCCAGCCGACUACGACGACCGCAUCAUCGGCACGCUCAAGGCGGUGCAGGACAGCCACCUGGACCAGGUACUGGUGGAGUUCACCUGUAAGACCCCACGGCCCAGCCUGCCUACCGAGUGGGCUCUGUGUGGCGAGAGGGAGGAGCGGCUCGAGGUCCUCAAGGCCUCCACCUUCGCCCUGGUUAUCUCCCCCGGGGACUGUCAGUUGGUGGCCUCGGCAGGCAGUAGCAUGAGGCUGUUUGAAGCCCUAGAGGUGGGGGCCAUCCCUGUGGUGCUUGGGGACCACGCCAGGCUGCCCUACCAUGAGCUGAUCCGCUGGAGCGAGGCAGCCAUCAUGGUGCCUAAGCCCCGCAUCACCGAGCUGCAUUUCCUGCUGCGCAGCCUAUCAGACAACGACCUGUUGGCCAUGCGACGACAGGGCCGCUUCCUGUGGGAGACCUACUUCUCCACCUCGGAGAAUGUACUGGGCACCAUCCUGGCCAGCGUCCGGACCAGCAUCCAGGUGCCUGCCGCACCCAUCCGCGAGGAGCCCGCCCAGGAGAUCCCCCACAAAGCAGGCAAGAUGGCCGGCACGGACGCCAACCUGGCCGACAACGGUGACCUGGACCUGGGCCCCGUGGAGACGGAGCCACCCUACGCCUCGCCGCGCUUCCUCCGCAACUUUACCUACACGUCAGCCAACACCUACCAGACCUGGAACCGUGCCCCGGGGCCUUUCCAUCUGUUCCCCCACACGCCGCUGGACCCCGUGCUGCCCUCGGAGGCCAAGUACCUGGGCUCGGGCACAGGCUUCCGCCCCAUUGCCGGCGGUGCUGGGGGCUCGGGGAAGGAGUUUCAGGCAGCGCUGGGUGGUAACGUGCCCCGGGAGCAGUUCACAGUGGUCAUGCUGACCUACGAAAGGGAGGAGGUGCUAAUGAACUCCCUGGAAAGGCUCAACGGGUUGCCCUACCUCAACAAGGUGGUAGUAGUGUGGAACUCCCCCAAGCCUCCUUCAGACGACCUGCUGUGGCCAGACAUCGGCCUGCCCAUCGUGGUGGUGCGCACGGAGAAGAACAGCCUCAACAACCGCUUCCUGCCCUGGGACGCUGUGGAAACGGAGGCCAUCUUGUCCAUCGACGAUGACGCCCACCUCCGCCAUGACGAGAUUAUGUUUGGGUUCAGGGUGUGGCGGGAGGCCAGGGACCGCAUCGUGGGCUUCCCCGGGAGAUUCCAUGCCUGGGAUGUCAACCACCAGUCAUGGCUCUACAACUCUAACUACUCCUGUGAACUCUCCAUGGUGCUGACGGGCGCCGCCUUCUUUCACAAGUACUACGCGUACCUGUACUCGUAUGUGAUGCCUCAGGCCAUCCGCGACAUGGUGGACGAGUACAUCAACUGCGAGGAUAUCGCCAUGAACUUCCUGGUGUCACACAUCACCCGAAAGCCCCCUAUCAAGGUGACGUCUCGUUGGACCUUCCGCUGCCCCGGCUGCCCGCAAGCCCUGUCGCACGAUGACUCUCACUUCCACGAGCGCCACAAGUGCAUCAACUUCUUUGUCAAGGUGUACGGCUACAUGCCUUUACUCUACACACAGUUCCGCGUGGACUCUGUACUCUUCAAGACACGUCUGCCCCAUGACAAGACUAAGUGCUUCAAGUUCAUCUAGCCCAGGGCUAGGCCCAGCUAAGGAAGUUGGGCAGAACGGAGCAAGAUAAUGAGGAACUCGGGCAAAACGGAAGAAAGGCAGAAGAGGGAGCAGAGAGGGCUGGUUCUGAGAUGGAUGGAGGUUUGGGGGUGAGGGCCUACACCCAAGAAUUGGAUCUCGGAUGUACAAUAACAACUCCCUCAGACCCGCCCCCCCACACCUUUACUGGAACCCCUGAUAGGCUGGAAGGAGAGAAGGGCCGCUGCCAAUCAAAAAGCCUUUUCAUUUUUUAUUUUUCUGUCAUGUCGUCUGUGUGUUUUAUCAGCAACCACUACAGAUACAUUUUUUUGCGCCACUUUUUAUGGGCAAGAGAGGUGGUAACACUGCCUACCCAAGGACUUGACUUGACUCUCAGAGCCAAACUCAAACUGACAAUGUAAACAGACUGGUUUUAAACUGACACAGGGAGAGAGAGGCCGAGAGACAGUGGACUGUGGCAGUGGGCCCUGAGCUCCUGAAUCGCUAGCUAGACAUGUAACCUUUUGGGAGAGAAACAAAGGGGCAAAGGCAUAUAUGGUUUGUCAUUGCACUCAUUUCUUUAUUUUUAUUUUUUUUUACUCAUUUUACAUUUAUAUACUCUACUCUUGUAUAUGAAACCGCGAGAGAAGCACUGAUGGUCGCAGAAGUAUUUUUUUUUUUCGAUGAUUUUUUUUUUUUUUAACGUGGUUUUUAAUUUUGUAAACCUCAAUCUCGACGUGGGAUUAUCAGUCGCCAGACCCAUAGAAAUAGAAUUACUAGAAUGGGCAAAGCCCCUCAGACCAUGGCAUUCUCAGAGUAGAUUUUGUUUCUAUGGGCAGACCUAAGCUAACUCCAGACAGUGUCCCGUUUGUCACUCUGCCUCUCAAUGACUACAGAUGGAGACUAAAGAUCAGGACCAUUAGGUCACACGUUCUACACAUUUCCCCCCCCCCCAAAAAAAAAUCGCUCAAAUAUUCAUAGGAAAAUGGGAAAGCAAUUACCUAACACGUUUGUUAAUGCUACAGCAGACUACAAUGGUUUGAAGCUGGACCGAAACACUUAGUAGGCCUAGUUGUUUUCAGAAUGGUUGUCUCCAGCUGUCACUGAGCGUUUACACGGCUUUUUGUGACUUUCUGGACCUUGGUGGUAUUAGGCUACCUAUCAAUGGUCGGCGUUAAAUGACGGAGUAGUCGUUCCUAUAUAGUCCUCUAAUGAAGUGUUCAGUAAUGGAGGAGGGUGAACUUGCCCCUAGAUUCUGAUAUUGGGUCAGUUUUGCAUUUCCCCCACUAAUGGUUAAAGGCCCAGUGCAGUCAAAACAGUGGAUUUUGGGGUUUUAUCAUGCAUUUCCACACUGUGAGGUUGGAAUGAUACUUUGAAAUUGUGAAAAUUAUAAUGCCUUUUUUCGUGUAAGAGCUGUUUGCAAAGACAGACAUUUCAGCCUGUUUUGGUGGGAGGGAGUUUUGGCCUGCCUGGUGACAUUACCAGGUGGUAAAUAAGACUGUUUCAAACAUCUCUGCCAAUAACAGCUCAGACCACUGCUCUUUGCUAAGAAGCUAUUUUUGUUUGUUUUCAAUUAAAAUGGUCAAAAAGAAUCACAGUAAGGUACUUAAUUGUUACCCAGAAAUGAUUUCAUAUUGAGAUAAAAAUGUCUGCAUUGGACCUUUUUAAGGUUAGGAUUGGGGGAGGAGAAGCUGAUCCCAGAUCUGUACCUAGGGGAAGACUUCACCCCAGAACAUUUAAUAAUGGUUUCAAUUGGGCACUUGUGGGAAACACAAGUCUAUAUAAAUAUAUCAGACCUUAGUGCAAGAAACUGAAAAACAAGCUUAUUUCGACAGAAGAUAUUUUGGUGUUUCUAUCCAUCAUCACAGUUCCAUUCAGUAUUAACCUCCAAAAUGAGCUGCUUCUCUGUACAGCGCCUCCACGUCAGGUCCCUCAAGUUUCAUUUUGUAACGAUUGAUGCUCAAUGAAUGUUUUCUUUGCCAAAUAGGUACGAUUUUUAACUGCUGAAAAACAGCACAAUGUUUUGCAAAGUGCACAAUGUGAACGCUUGUUAAUAGGAUGCGGUCUGGUACACCCUUGCCCCCUCACCCCUUUUAGACAGUAUCCCCCCUCCUAAAACAAAAAAGUUGCCUCCCCCCUCACCUAUUGAAAUGGCAGUGCCUAUACAGCCCUUAUUAAUUAACGUACUUUGACCUUUUCUGGCUUCAUUCCAUUGAUUUGACUUGAGGAUCUAAUCUGUAACACUAGAUCCUUUAUUUGAGAUGAUUCAGGAGAUGUGACGACACUGUUGAUCAGCAAUAGGAAUCUAUUUGAUUCUGGGAAGUUCAAACUAAGGAACUCCACAUUAUCGUCCCCGUGAUGUCUGUAUAUUUAUUGAAUUGAAUAUAGAAAAUGGGUCAUUCUAAGGCUUGCUUUUGAAGGGGUUAACUUUGUGAAUAGAAAUGAUGACUGCAAUAAAAUGAAACGUGACCUUGGUCAACGGAACCUCCUCGCCUGACUGACCACGCAUCACUGGCCCACUUCAACGUCGGUUCAAAGUCCUUUCAUUGAAAUGGCGUGGAAACAACGUUGAUUCAACCAGUGUGUGUGCCUCAUUAGAACACUAACGAGAACCAGCAGGUGGCAUUGACAGCUCGACUUAAAACACAGAUCUAGGGAUCAUCUCUAGCCUGCGCCAAUCCUAAUCUGAACCUUUUUAAGAGGUGAAAAGCAAAACUGAUCUGAGAUCAAGUCUUGGAGACCACUACAGUCUGGGUAUGUGCUCAAACCUGUUUUUGACUGAGUCAGUCCAUUUGCAAUAAUAUGCACUAACACAUACCAGUGGCUUGAGUUUGAGCUCCAGAUGCUGCCUGCAUAAUUACCUGGCUGACAGACACACUCCUAACAUUUCCUGGGGCAGGGAGGGGUCGACUCGGGUAACGUCUCAUGCAGUGCUUUGGAAGGCCCACCUCUCCCCUCCCCAUUUUCCCCCUCGGCGGACAAUGACACAGCUGGUUUUUCUAGUGUCAACAGAUGAAGAAAUAGGGCCAGGAAAAAGCCACCAAUCAUUCCUCUAGCUGUUUGUGUUCUGAAACUAUGCGCUCAUGGGACUGUCCCCCCCCCCCACACGCCCAGCCCUGGGUCUUGUUCAUUAGGCACCAAACAGACUGAAACAGGAAGUCCCUACCUGGUGUUGGUCAACAACAAAAAAUAAACGCUUUAAAGCUGUUUGCUAGUGUUCCCCAAUGAAUAGGACCCUGGGCUAGGCUCCCAGCCAACUGCAACUACUGCUGCCUGCCCUGUUCUGUACCAGACUGACCACUGAUGACAGGGUGAAACAAACCGUUGAAGGCCAGACAUGGAAUUAAAAUCUCUCGACGUUAGUUUAAAGCGUG